UCGGAGUGUUAUAAAACCUCAAGUGACUUCGAUAAGUUUAGUUUCCAAGUGACCUCAAGUCGGAUCGCUCGGUAAUGUAUAAAGCUCAAGUGAUCCAGUUUUAGUGACUCAUCAUGGGCUGUUUGACCGGCACAGGAAGAUUUGUAUUCUUCGUAGCGUUGAUCACACAAGCUGUAAUGUUUGCCCAGUAUCCAAGUAUCUACUUUGAGAACAGCUUGUACAAUUGCUUAAUACUUCUAGUACUACCAACAUUGCUAGCCUGGUUCGCUGUUCUAACAUGCUGUCAUGGAAAUGAGCAGCUUCAAAAUAUGUGGUUCGUAUGGGGUGUCUAUGUUUUGACCCUUCUAAUCCCAAUGGUUGGUAUCAUAUACGGUAGAUUAAGAGAAAGCCUGGAUAGCAAUCAGUUCUUUGGGCCAAAUAUUCUGUUGAUGACCACUUGUGGCUCGCCUGCAAUAGCUCUUCUUCUUCUGACAACUGCUAAAGGUACAGCGACACAUGAAGAAAACAUUGAAUUGUUCACACAGCUCUGCGGUAACGUAGUCUUGGAUUUAUUUGAUUAUAUAGAAAUUCUAGACAUAUUGCUUUCUCAAAAUGAGAAUUUCCAUCUUUCAUCUGCGUUACAAGUUUGCAUUGUCGUGUUUGUUUGCAUCAGUUUGGUGUUGUCCACCUUGGAAAUGGCUGAGAUGAAAUGUGAAACGGCCUCAUAUGUAAAUGAAAUCGUGAUUCGCAAGAAAACGUAUCUCCUUCGACUGAUUUUGCAAAUGUUUCUGGUAAACAUUGCCCUGCUUGUUAUUCGAUUGAUAGUGUGGUUCAAGUACAAACAUAACGCAUCGAUUUUUAUUGCCAAAAACGUUAUCAUUAUUAUGAUGUCGAUAAUAGGUCUAGUGAGGUUUUUUGCUCAAUGACUGUGACAGGUAAAAAGACUAAAAAGAACUGUCUUAAAUCGCAUUGCUGAUAGCUAAUUAGAUUACAGUGAUCACCAGUGAUCUCAAUAUUGGACAUAAAAAAUGUAAACGAAGGACAAUAUUCCACCGACAAAAUACACAUAAAGAUUACUGUAAUUAUGAUCUCUCUUGCUUGUCUUGCUUAUGUGAAAUCGGAAAUUGCUUUAUUUACUGAUGCAUGUAUGUUAUAUACCGCGUACACUCCAAUAAUCUUCAAGCUUUCUAAUCCUGCAAUGUAAAUAAUAUUAUUCUUAGUCGUAGGCAUUUCCUAUUAAAACAGUUCGUCAGCGUUGCUUUA